AGGAGAGCAAGAAGCUUCUUCAGAAAAAAAGGAAAAUAUAUAUAAAAUAAAGUGAGAAUAAAGAGUGAAGUGGAAUUCGUGUGAGUGAUCGCAAGAGUCCCUUGAAGUGGACAUUGAACAUCGUCGGAGUGCCAUCCAGGGGUUUCUACCCACAGAGUUUCUGCCCCACACAGAAUACCCCUCGAGCUCCUUGGGUGCCUGGAUUUUGGAAUAGAAUCCCGCCACCUGUCCGCCACAAAAGCGAAAUGUUGAACGUUAAUUAAAUGUCAACAGAUCUGGCCAGAGCAGAGGUGGCCAAGCGGUGGCCAAUGGGCGACAGGGGGACUGGGGCACAUCCCGGGCUCCGAGGAUCCAGUAUCCAAAUGAAUUGGAAUCGGAAUUGAAAUCGGAAUCAAGAGACAUCCAACUGACAGACAGGCCAUUCGAAAUUGUGCAAAAUACUCGUACUGUGGUGGCAUGACUGUCGAAAUAAAUCAUAAGAAACCCGAAAGCCAGAAACAAUAAGAAGCCGCUCCAUAAGUGGGGCUACAAGGCGAAGACGGAGUAUUAAUAACAAUCAUCUCAACAGAAAUCUCUAAAAAAACAAAAAAAUAUAAAAAAGGAAAAAUGGUUAAUGCCGUGAUGGAUGCCAUAGCGCUGCUCAGUUCGCUGGCCAGUGAUUUGGAUAUUAUGUUGAAUGAUCUGCGAUCGACGCCAAGUCAUGUUGCAACAACAACAACAGCAUCAGCAACAACAACAACAACAACAACAGUAACAGCAACAACACAAGCCACACUAACAACAGGUCAACAGCAACAUCAAAAGCAAUUCCAAACCAGGCAAUUGCAGGCCCAUCAUUGGCAAAAUAUUACCAACAAUAAUAAUAAUAACAUUCAUAAAAAUAAUAAUCAUAAUAAUAACAAUAAUUAUAAUAAUAAUAAUAAGCUGGCAGCACACACCCCCAGCUUGAUUGAUUUAAAAACUAAAUCAGCAGCAACAUCGAUCAGCAAAAAUCAUCAAAAAUCAUCAGCAACAUGCCAGCCAUUGCAGCAACGACGUCGUGUGGCGCCCAGCCCACUGCCACGCCCACCGCGCCGCACUCGCCCCUUGCCUGUGAGGAAGGGAGAGGCGGGGGGGCUGGGAGGGGCCGAGGAGGAAGAGGAUGCCGACACGGAUGCCAGUGAUUUGGCCAAUAUGACGUCACCGUUGUCCGCCAGUGCAGCUGCCACGCGUAUCAACGGCCUUUCGCCGGAAGUUAAGAAGGUCCAGCGACUGCCCCUUUGGACCGCUCGCAAUGGUGGUGGCAGUGGGGGCGUCAACAGUGGCAGCCACGCCCACUCACACCUUCCGAACGGAUUAAGGCAGCCGACACGUUUACUUAGCCAUCGAUUUCAUCAAGGUUACAGAAAAGGAACAAGCGAACCACUGCCUUCUGUGGGAGCCACGCCCUCGUCCUUUGAGGCCUCGUCCUCCGUAGAGGCCACCACCAACAAUAACAACAACGGCCAGCAGUCACAGCAGAAAUCUCAACAACAGCCCCAUAAUGCCAAACUAAAUGUUUUGGCCAAUCAAUCCAAUCUCAAUAAUAAUAACAACAACAACAAUAAUAAUAACAACAACAAUAAUAGCCAAACGGGCAUUGGCCAAAACAGUCCAAACAUACAGGAUCCGAACGGCGAUAGUCGCCGGAGCAGCAGCCUCGAUCCGGACACGGACGAUGUGGUGGACAUGGCCCAUGGCGGAUCCUUCGAGGAUGAUAUGGAGGCAUUGCUGCCCAAGUGUUCGCGUCGAUCGCGGGAUGAGCUAAGUCAGUCACGCACAUCUUUAGUGUCCAGUUCGGAGGGCGGCAUCCUGGCCGAGGGCGAAACAUCCAGCGAUGAUGGAGACGAACAUGGAGGUGUCUGUUUGGACGAGGAUCCAGUCGAGGCAGAGGACGAGGGCGGCGAGGAGAGCAGCCGUGACACCUCCAGUGACAAUUCCCCGCCCUGUGAUUUGGGCCUAGUGGAGCGACUGCUGUUGACCCAUCCGAUGUGGUUUCUGCCCGGACUCCAGCGAUCCGGUGCCGUGCAUCUGCUGCAGGGCAAAGAGGAGGGGACCUUCAUAGUUCGUGGCUCCAGCCAGCCCAAUACCAUGGCCGUGUCGGUUCGCCUGCCCCAGGACACAGGUCCCUACAUCGAGCACUAUCUGAUCCAGUCGCACGACAAUGUCCUGAGCCUGGAGAGCUCACGGUUCACCUUCGGAUCGAUACCCUCUCUGAUCGCCCACUAUGCCCAGUGCUGCGAUGAGUUGCCGGUGCAGUUGAUGUUGCCGCGAGUCCUGCGAGAGGCCAACAACCGCAAGAAACUGUCCUCGCUGGCGCUCCUGGGUCAGGAGUUCUGGAGCUAUGCCAGCAGUCCGGCCAUGCUGGGACCACCGACCACACCGGCCGGCGAUCGUCCCGGCAAGGAGCAGCAUCAUCAUCAGAAGCAGCUGCUGGACGCCAAGUCGCCACUCUCCCUGACAGAGACCAGUGGCCUGGGCACAGCCACCUUUUUCAGCGACGUCCUGUCCAAGCCGGCACCGUCGGGGGCGCCACCCGUGCCGGGCGGCGGCGGAGGAGCCAACACCCUGUUCAGUCCCACGGGCAGUGGACCGCUCCUCGGAUUCUUUAGCCAGGCGGGCACACCCUCGGACACCACCAACUCGAGCCUGAGCUCCUUCACCACCAGUGGCGGCCAGCACCUGCAGCUGCUGAGUCCCAAUUCCAUCGAUUCGGUUAUCCUCACCAUGUCCCCGGUGGACAAUCCGGUUCACUACUUGCCCGGCUGCUCGGCCACGACUCCCUUGUGUCCUCCUCCAGGCUCCAGUGCCGACCAGCAGCAGCUGAGCACCUUCAAGGUGGUGCAGAGCGUCACGGAUCAGGUGGAGCAAGUGCGUCCGCAGAGGCCCAAGCCACCGAACACCUUAAAUCUCAAGCCGGCAGCGCCACCGGCCCCGCCUGUGAGGUGGUCCAAGCCCCACUCGCCGGACCAGACGGGCGGCAACUUUACGGUCACCACCACGGUGACCUUUUCGAUGGAGAACGGCGGAGGUUCUGGCGGAGGAGCUGGGGGAGCAGCCAGUGCGGCAAACGGAAAGUUCAUAGAGGUGACCACGCCGGCCACCAGCAACCCCUUCAAUGCCCUGCUCAACGGACCCGGUUCCACGUUCCAGACCUUCGCCAAGCGACUGUCUCCGGAGGGCGAGUGCAAGGACACCCUCUCCUCGCAGGGCUCCUCCUCGAACGACGGCCGCUGGCCGGCGUCUGCCUCCCGCAAGGUCCUCGCCUCCCCGCUCACCCCCCUCAGCAGCACCGCCAGCAGCAGCACCAGCACGAGCGGCGGCAAGUCCCGCAAGUCGCGGGCGGGCAAGGAGUCGCAUCACUACAAGGAGUCCGACAUCCUGGAGAGUCCCCCGCCCCAGUACUGCGCCAGUGCGCUGAGCGACAAGAUCAGCGACUACGAGGAUGUCUGGUCGCAUGAUCCCAGCGACCGGGCCAGUCUCCUGACCAGCUUCCGCCCCGCCCUGGACACGCUGGGGGGCGUGGUCAACCGAAGACCGGAUCUUCUGGCCGAGACACCGAGCACUCCCACAGCGGCGCCCCUGCCCCAUCUGACGCCCUGCGAGGAGGAAUCCGCCCCAGCCACUGCCCAGCUGAUGCAGUUUUCCGGCGACGCUCUGCCCCGAUCCCGAGCCGGCCUUUUGCUACCAAAUCUCAACACUGCAGCUCCAUCGCCGGCCCCAGGAGCCGGUGCCGGUCCCGCUCCCAGCCCAGCAGUGAUGAGCCAAUCCCUGACAGCGGCCGAGGACGAUGGUGGCGAUAUCACGCCCACAGCCGACGAGGGGGCUGGGAGGAGCAAGCAGGGUAGUCCCUUCUACGCCGAACCGGCGGAUGCACUGCGUCAGGCGGGCCUGACGAGUGGCGCCACCGCCAUACUCCGGCGACAGCAUCGCAACCAGAUGCUGCACGCCAGCCAGCGGCACUCGGAGCCCCUGAAGGCGGGCUUCGGAGCGACUAACGGGAAUGGAGCUCUGCUGCAGCCCAGCGAGCUGGAGAAGCUGGCGGGCAGCCUUGACGAACUGAAGCCCAAGCCGAAGGUGAUGCCGCCGGCGCAGCCACAACAGCCCACGAAACGGGCCCGGAACCGGAUCGAUCACUGGCAGCUGGACAGCAGCUGGGAGUUCAUGGCCAAGCAGGACACCAAUGGGUGCGGUGGUGACUACGACGAUGCCGCCAUCAUCGACUGGCAGGAGAAGGAGAACUCGCUGGGCCGGGACCAGGGUGCGGGCAAGAAGCGUCCGCCACUGACCGUUCACCAGAUCAUUGCCAAGCGCCUGCCGGAUCUGAAUCUGCCGGAGCUGGUGAGGUGCUCCACCCCGCCGCAGGGCAGCACGGCUGCUCCACUCCAGCCCCUCCAGAUGCUGGGCCAGGAGAAGCAGCCGGGCUGCGACGGCGGCAGCCAGAAGUCAUUCCAGAGCCAGAACGGCUGCCGGCUAUCCUCCUACGACAACGUCUUCUGCCACAACUCGUUCGGGGGCAUCGACUCGGCCCAGUCGGACGAUGGCACCAUUUUCUCGGAGCCCUGGGACUCGUCCCAGUGGGACACCUUCCUGCCACACGAUGAUGCCACUAUCAACUCGGACACCAUCCACCUGUCCAAGUGCCGACCCGCUCUCUCCGAGGACGACACGAUAAUCGAGGAACUGCAAAGCACCAAAGACGGCAGCAACAGUAGCUGCAACCAGGACACCCUGAAGGCCAACCGAAACGGUGCUGGACACCAUCACCAGAACGGCAACAGCAAUGGCAAGGCCAAUAGUCGCCCCAAGGUGGCCACCAUUCUCCGCAAUCCCAGUAUGCGGGAUCGUGAAGUGUUAUGUCACCCCCGCAACAAGAUGAACAUCCAGAGCAGCGGCCCCGGCGACUCCCUGCGCGCCUACACCCUCCAACUGGCCCAGGACCAGAGCUCCACCUUUGCCCGCAACAUCGAGAACUUCAUCUGCUGCACCAAGGAGUCGCGGGAGGCGGCGCCCCAGGUGGUGAUGCGAAACAUGCGCCAGUUCAUGAGCGGCAUGAAGAACUACCUGGUGAAGCACGGCGAGGGCAAGUUCCAUGCCGAACUGGAGUCGGCCAGGUCGAGACUGAAGGCCGACGAAUUCCUCAACCUCGACGCCAUGCUGGAGACGGUGAUGCAUCAGCUGGUGGUGCUGCCGCUGCGGGAGCAUCUCUAUGGCAUCUUUGUGGAUCACUACCAGCGCAGCGGAGCCAUCCAGCUGCUGGCCCAGAAGGUGCGCUAUGCCAGCGAACGGGAAACGGCCGUAUUCGGCAUCCGGCCGACAGUUACUCCGCCAUCGCAGGCCGCCCUCCGGAUCAUUGCCAAUCUGUUGUUGCGCCUCCAGGAGGCGGAGCUGCCGCUGGACAAGCUGGAGCUCUUCCUGUGCAUCAUCUCGACGGUGUUCGAUGCCACAGGAUGUCCGCGCGGCCAGCAACUGGGCGCCGAUGACUUCCUGCCCGUGCUCGUCUAUGUGGUGGCCAAGUGCGGAUUCGUGGGUGCCGAGAUCGAGGCGGAGUUCAUGUGGGGUCUGCUCCAGCCGACGCUGCUCAACGGUGAGCCGGGCUACUACCUCACCGCUCUCUGCAGUGCCGUGCAUGUCCUCAAGAACUUCAAAGAGCUGGAGGCGGAGAGCGGCACCGGAUCCCUGGACUGGCGUUCCAGCUGCCUGCCCGCCUGCUCCAGUGUCCUGCGCGUCAUCAUCCCGGACGAAUGCAAUGGCUCCCUGCAGACCCGAACACUGCCCGUACGACCGCACACCACCACCCGGGAGGUGUGCCGGAUAAUUGCCCACAAGGCACGCAUCACCAAUCCCCAGGACUAUGCCCUCUUCAAGCUGGUCGAUGGCGAGGAGACGCUGCUAACGGACGCCGAGUGUCCGCAGGAUGCCCGACUGGCGGCCCGAGGGAAGCACUGCAUGUUGGCCUACAAGAGGAUCGAUGCCAAGAUAGCCUGGCCCACUGCCCAUCCGGCGGGACACUAGAAUGUCCUUGCCAUCCCGCCCCCCUAUCCUACCCUGCUCCCUGCCCUUCUUGCUCACUAACCAAGCAUAUUUGAUUAAUAAUUUAUUAUUAUUACAUUAAAAUAUACUUAGUAGCCUGUAAGUAAAGCUAAUUAACGCUAAUUAGAAAACAUCUAAUGUGUACUAAAAACAUCAGUAUUGAGUUAAGCGACGUUUUUUUUUUUCUGUCUGGGCCGAAGUAGAAGCCCUACUUUUUUUGGCUAAUAAAUAUACUAUGCGAAUAAUACAUAUAAACACCCAUAUAUAUAUACAUAUAUAUAUACGAUAUGAAUACAUAAACAUUUAGUCUGUAGAGUUGCAAGAAUGCACAAAAAAUAUAACGACGACGACGGGGGGAAAGUCAUCUGAACGAAUCUAUAAUCUAUUAAAAUAUAUAUAUACAUUAUAUGCACAUUGUGUGCCACCCUGGAGACCAAAAUCACAGUUCAACAAUCACUACAACAAUCAAUCAAUCAUUCUAUCAAUCAAUCAAGCGGUCUAACAUGCCGACUGUAAACAGUCCGGACCGCAAAAGGACAAACCCCGAAAACAAAAGGCAUUUAGGUGUGAAUGGGUUUCGUGUUUCGUGUUCUUCUUAAGAAGCUAAACCAUAUUACAUUAAAAUAUUAACCACUACAUUUUAAUAUUUAUAUGUAACACUAAACACUGCUAUCCACCCUCGGUAUAAACAUACAGACGUAUAAACGUAAAACAAACAUCUCUUUUUUUUGUAUACUUUGUAAAAUAUGUGACACGUAAUCCAAAUAGCAAACAAAUAAAUAAAUAACCAAAAAAAUAA